UAAGGUAUCCCGUCCUUCUGCCACCUCUCCCCCUGUCCCGGAGUCUGGAUCCUGGAUACGUCUUUCUCUUUGUCUUUGGUGAGGAGAGGGACACAGGGAACGAGAGAGGAGAAACGGGGUUGCAGGUCCUAACGCAAGGCCAGAAACACAGAGGAGACGCUGCUGUCAAACAGGCAGGACGCCACUUGAUCAAGACAACAGCUCCCUGUGCACCAGGGACACCAUCUUAUCUCUGACUGGGUUGUUCAUUCUGCCGGGAGAAUUAGUGUUUCCCACCACACUUCAGCCACGCUCUGAAGAGUGUGAUCGGUGUAAGUUGUUCGCUUCUUCGCGUUUUGUUUUUUCGUGGUGAGCUGGCUGGACAUCCCCAGCGGAAGCAGAAAGGAUGAAGACCCAGUGGCUGCUCCUCUUCUCUUGCCUGUGUCUGGCGCCCCUCUGCCCGGCCGACAAAGGCCUGGAGUUCCCCCGCUAUGACGGCAAGGACCGCGUCCUGGACGUAGACGACAAGAACUACAAGAAAGCCAUGAAGAAAUAUGACAUGCUGUGCCUGCUCUAUCAUGCCCCACCACCCACCGGGAAGGAGCUGCAGAAACAGUUCCAGAUGACCGAGCUCGUCCUGGAGCUGGCUGCCCAGGUCCUGGAAGUGAAGAACAUUGGCUUUGGCAUGGUCGAUUCCCACAAAGACGCCAAGGUUGCUAAGAAACUCGGCCUGGACGAGGAGGGGAGUGUUUACAUCUUCAAGGCCGACCGCGUGAUUGAGUUUGACGGGAUGCUCUCCUCUAAUGUCCUGGUGGAGUUCCUUUUAGACUUACUGGAGGACCCAGUAGAAGUGAUUGAUAAUGCGCUGGAAUUAAAAGCAUUUGAUCGUAUGGAAGACGAAGUCCGGCUUAUUGGAUACUUCAAAAACCAGCAGUCUGAGCAUUUCCUUGCUUUCAAAGAGGCAGCAGAGCAGUUCCAACCUUACAUCAAAUUUUUUGCCACCUUUGAGAAAUCAGUGGCCAAACCUCUGACCCUGAAGAUGAAUGAGGUGGACUUCUACGAGCCCUUCAUGGAGGAUCCCAUGACCGUUCCCGACAAGCCCAACUCUGAAGAGGAGAUUGUGGCCUUCAUCACUGAACACAGGCGAGCAACACUGAGAAAACUGCGGCCCGAGGACAUGUUCGAGACCUGGGAGGACGACAUGGAUGGCGUUCAUAUUGUGGCCUUUGCAGAGGAAGAAGACCCUGAUGGCUAUGAGUUCCUUGAGGUCCUGAAAGAAGUGGCCAGAGAUAACACACACCUCCCAGGCCUCAGCAUCGUAUGGAUCGACCCUGAUGACUUCCCACUGCUGAUCCCCUAUUGGGAAAAGACCUUUAAGGUAGACCUCUUCAGCCCUCAGAUCGGUGUGGUCAACGUGACUGAUGCCGACAGCAUUUGGUUGGAGAUGGAUGAUGAUGCAGAUCUGCCCACAGCUGAAGAGCUGGAGGACUGGAUUGAGGAUGUGCUCUCAGGCAAAGUUAACACUGAGGACGAUGACGAUGAUGAUGAUGACGAUGACGAUGACGAUGACGAUGACGAUGAUGAUGAUGAUGAUGAUGAUGAUGAUGACGACGAUGAUGAUGACAAUGACGAUGAUGACGAUGAUGAUGACGACAACGAUGACGACGAUGAUGAUGACGAUGACGACGAUGAUGAUGAUGACGACGACGAUGACGAUGACGAUGACGAUGAUGAAUAAUUUUUCCUCUGGUUAUUUUCUAAGUUUCAGUAACAUCAAGACAACCAAGUUCAAUGAGGACAGAAGAAUCUAAACUUGUUAAAGGUUUUGUUCAUUUUGUACAUUGCUAAACUUAGAGGGUAAUUUCAUCAAACACAUUUCUAUCUAAAUUCCAUUAAGUGGUGGAGAUUGUUACGGUAUCAAUCUGUUUGACUGAAUUCAAUGUCUAGGUUUAAUGGUUCAAUGGAAAUAAAAUCUGCUAUUGGUGAAUAGCA